AUGUUCAGCAAGGGGUCCACGAGUAGCCGAAAGUCGAUCGCACAAGCUGCACGCAAAGGCUUAGCGAAGGGUCGCGAUCUGGGUAAGUCGGCUCUGGAGAAGUCAAUUGUGGUUCCCAUCAUUGCUGCGGCGGUUGUCGCUAUUCCUGUCGCGGCUGUCGCUAUUCCUGUCGCCUGCGCUGUUAACGGGCUAGCUAAGGUCCUGCCGAAGACCGAAGAUAAGAUUGAUCAGAAGGAAUAUCAUCAGUCUCCCAAGCACAGUGAGUUUCAGGGUAUUCACGGCAGGUAUGUUUUUAUGAGGAAGCGCCUUACACGGCUGGACAUUCCAGAACCGAUGUCGGCGGCCGAGGCAGCACUCAACAGCGCCUGUUCGACCGAGACGAUGAAGAGUCCCAACUGGAGUGUCGAGGGGCAAUCCCCCACCAGCCGAGAUCUCCGGCACCAUGUGACGAACGACUACCCGUACGACACCUUAGCGGAGUUUCAGAACAUGAUGAGCGCGCGACGUAGCGUUCGGAAGUCACCGUUCGGACGGGAAGUGACGAAAUAUAUCGAAGCCAGACCCGGCUGGGACGACGAGAAGUUGGGCAAUACCCAUAUAAGUUUGCUUGACAGGGAUAACUUGAAGCUUCUCACUGCCCACCUGCAGCACCAGAAGGGCAAGGCUCAGGAACUGGCCCGGGACCAGCCAGAGAAGUACCCGUUGCGAUAUGUAAAUGUGCAAGGCUCUACGAAGAAACACUGGUGGCAGGCGAGAAGCUACUAG